AUGAAUACUGGCGCAGCCACAGUCCUCGCGGCAGAUUAUCGGUAUUAUCAUGGCAGGGGAUCCGACAAGGUUUGUCUCCGGAGGGCUUGCGCAGUUAAUAACGAGGUGAUCCAACCCACCUGGGAACUGUCAACCAAAGAAUUUGAGUCUCUGGUCUGGACGGGCCGUUUCCGGUAUGCUAGCGCCCUGCCAACGACAGCCGGACUCUUUGUCUCUGCUCUAGUCGCAGCCUGGGCGGGUCCACAGCGGCAGGUUUCCGAAAGCGACAAGCCGUCAUCCUUUCAUCUCCACAGGGAGUCGUGUGCCGCAAACUUCGAGGACGUGAUCACCGACAGCCCAUUCACACUACUGGCCGAUAAACAGCAAGAAGUAGCCCUUGUGCACCCCGAUUGCCCUAACAUAAGUACCCAAGAAGUGCGCUAA